AUGAUUUCGCUUAAGAACAUAUGCUCGUGCUUGUUUUCUCCUGAGCCAGCUCAAGAUCCAGAUAUAGGUAUAUCCCUAAGAUAGCCCGAUAUGGGUGAGGGAAAGAGGCCAAAACUUCCCAAUUGAUCAGGCCAACUCAGGCUGAUCGAACCAAAUGGUAAGUGGCGAAUGAGCCUCCUUCUACUUAUUUUAGCCGAUCCGAGUUGGCCGGAACAAGUAGGAAGUUUUAGCCUCUAUCCCUCGCCCAUAUUAGGAAUAUGCCUAUAUAUCAAGUGAAUAUUCAAGAGUCCACAUGAAUCCAGAAUCUAUAAGGUCGAAUUUUUCUAAUUCGAACUACAUUGAAGAAGAAAAAAGUUCUAUUGGCAUUAUAAAUCAUGAAGAAAUAAAAGCAGAAAUCAUUGAAAAAGAAGAGGAAGAAGAAAGAGAAGAAGCAGGACAGGACAAAAAUACCCCUAACUCAGACGAAUUUGAAGAAACUGAAAAAACUCCUGAUUAUUGAAAAAGUGAUCAGAGAAAUGAAGAUGCUCUAUUAAAAUAUAAUCGGCCCUUAAUUGAAGCAGUAAAAAAAUACAAAGAUAUUGAGCUAAACUACCUAAUCCGCCCUUCCUUGAGCGAACAAAAAAAUUUUGUUCGAUCACGAAGGGGGUUAAUUUUGUUUUUAGAAAAAAUUUAUUUAUAAAUUUUAUAGAAAAUUUUUUCUUUCGAAAUUUAAAGAAUCAAAUUCGCAAAAAUUGGAAAGCAAAUAUUAAUUUAAUUUGUAAAAUUUAUUUUAAAACGCAAUUUGUUUAAAAUUAAACGAGAUGUCAUGAUACUAAUUAUCACUUAUAUAUCAAUUUUUUUUUCAUAAAAAAAAUUUUUGAUUUUUACGAAAGGUGGGUUUUUGGCAAAAAAAAAUUUUUCUAAUGAUUUUGUUCACUCACAGAGUGGGGAAGUAAGCGAAAUGGAGCUUGACCAUAUUGCAUCUGAAAUUUUUACAUAUUAUAAAUAUACAUUACAAAGAAAAUUUGAAGAAAAAUUAUUUGAAAAUGAAAGAAAUUUCGUCUAUGAGCACAUGUCAAAAAACAGCAGAAAAUUCAGAAAAGCCAUGAAAAAGCAGUUUAAUACUUUAGUCCAAUAUAAAGACUUUGAUAGAGACUUACAAAAUAAUAUCGUGAACUCCAAAAUGCUUUACGAAGUGCCUCAGCGAUAUAAAUAG